AUGCAACAGCACAACGGCAUGAAGGAAUUCGUCCUCCUGGGCCUCUCAGAGAACCAAGGGGUGCAGAAAAUAUAUUUUGUGGUGUUCCUGCUUUUCUACACGCUCACAGUGGCAGGAAAUCUCCUCAUAGUUCUCACUGUGAUGAGCAGCCGGGACCUGAACUCCCCCAUGUACUUCCUCCUCUGCCACCUGUCCUUCGUAGAUGUUUGCUUCUCCUCCGUCACAGCUCCCCAAAUAAUUUCUGGCUCCCUGGCGGAAAACAACACCAUCUCCUUCGCAGGUUGCAUAGGGCAGCUCUUUGGGGUUCACUUUUUCGGCUGCACAGAGGUUUUCAUCCUGACAGCCAUGGCCUACGACCGCUACGUGGCCAUCUGCCGGCCCCUGCGCUACCCCGCGCUCAUGUCCCGCCGCCGGUGCGGCCGCAUGGUGGGGGUCUCCUGGGCGGGGGGCUUCCUGCACGCCGCCCUCCAGACCCUUCCCACCGCCCUGCUCCCUUUCUGCGGCCCCAACCAAGUCGCCCACUACUUCUGUGACGUCCACCCCCUGCUGCAACUGGCCUGCGCCGACACGCGCGCCGAGGGCCUGGCGGCGGUGGCCAACAGCGGGGUCAUCUCCCUGAGCUGCUUCCUCGUCCUGGUCACGUCCUACGUGGUCAUCCUGGUUUCCCUGAGGGGCCGGACGCUGGCGGGGUGGCGCAAGGCCCUGUCCACGUGCGGAUCCCACGUCACCGUGGUGAUCCUGUACCUUGGGCCCAGCACGUUUGUUUACAUCCGCCCGUCCGGUGACCUCUCCGAGGACAGGAGCGUGGCUCUGUUCUACACGGUCAUCACGCCCAUGCUCAACCCCUUCAUCUACACCCUCCGGAACAGGGAGGUGAAGGGAGCCAUGAGGAAACUGUGCAGGAGGAAAGUGGGAAGUGGAAAUGGGAAAGGGUAG